AUGACUGCCGAAAAACUUCGCAUUAUCAUCGUUGGAUCUGGCCUGGCAGGUCUAGCUGCGGCCAGGAUCCUUCGUGAGCAUCACGAUGUUACUGUCUACGAGCGCGGUGGUCCGGAUACGGCCACCGGUGGACAGGGUAUCUGUCUGUUCUCUAACGGAGUCAAGAUCCUUCAAACCAUGGGAUUUGAUCGGUAUCGUGCCGGUGGCGUUCCAUGUUACGGUUACCGGCUGUUUGACAAAGACGGCAAUCAAUUGCAGGACUUCCCAGUUGACUUCAAGAAGCGGUAUGGAACCGAUACCCUCAGUAUGAAGCGGUCUGAUUUCCGUGACGAGCUCCUUCGACUCGCUACUGCUCCAUCGGAUGAACUCGGUAUUCAAGGCAGUCCGGCGCAGAUGGUGUUCAAUAUCAGUGUGAUUGACAUCGACCCCGAGAAGGCUACUGUGACGUUGGCAGACGGAUCGGUUGUGGAAGCAGAUGUAGUCAUUGUUGCUGAUGGCGUGCAUUCACGUCUCCGUCGCCGGAUUGUUGGCACUGACAGUUGCCAGGCCAAGAAGAAUGGAUUGACUUGCUACCGAAUUGCCGCUUCUGCUGAGGCGGUUAAAGAAGCUCUCGGCUAUCUCCCAGUGUGGUGGGAGCCGAGUACCGCCGAAGGGCGUAUCUCUUGCCUACAGACAGGGGAUGGGAGUAAUCGCAUGAUUGCAGCAUACGCCAUCCGGAAUAAUGAGUAUAUGAACAUCUCGUGCCUCUUUCCGACACGGGAGCAGAAAGGAGGUGUCUUGGAGUCCUGGUUUGCAGAUGGUGACCGACGGGAAAUGAUCGAGAUAUUCAGCGAUUACUACGAACCGAUACGCAAGAUUCUCAGGUACACACCUUGUGUCUUUUACGGGCUUUCGAAACUGACGAUUUUCAGUAUCGCCACGGAGGUGAAGGUGUGGGAGCUCCAAGAUAUGGACCCCCUUCCCAACUGGAAUCGAGGACGCGCAAUCGUUAUCGGGGAUGCGGCCCAUGCGAUGACCCCAUUGCAAGGUCAAGGGGCGAACAUGGCAGUCGAAGAUGCUGACAGUCUCCGCUUGUUGCGUCCAGGUCUUUCCCAUGCGGAAAUCGAAGCGGUGCUUAAGCAAGUGGACAAUGUUCGCCGGCCACGUGCUUCAAAGGUCCUGGAGGACACCCGUGUCAUGGCAAAAGAUAUUAGCAUGGAGCAACGACUGGCCAACUUAGACUUUAACUGUGGUUACAAUGGAGUAUUCGAAGCUCUAAAGGAGAUUCAGUGA